AUGACGUCCAUCUACCUCGAGCGCUACCUGAACAGCGGUACGACGCUGGCCGAGCUGAACGGAAAGGAGCGCCCUAUCAUCGGUAUUGCGCAGACUGGAUCCGACCUCUCGCCGUGUAACCGUCACCAUCUCGAGCUGGCCAAGCGCGUGCGCGACGGCAUCAUCGCGGCCGGCGGAACGCCGAUGGAGUUCCCAUGCCAUCCGAUCCAGGAGACGGGAAAGAGGCCGACUGCCUCUCUCGACCGCAACCUGAGCUACCUCUCACUCCUUGAGGUCCUGUACGGAUACCCCCUAGACGGUGUCGUGCUCCUGACCGGAUGCGACAAGACGACACCCGCGAUGCUCAUGGCUGCCGCGUCGAUGAACAUCCCCGCGCUCUGCCUCAACGUCGGCCCGAUGCUGAACGGCUACUCCAACGACGGCAAGAAGCUGAUGGGCUCCGGAGCUGUGGCCUGGGACAGUCGCGCCCAGUUCGUGACAGGCCAAAUCACGGCCGAGCAGUUCAUCCACAACAUGGCCCUGUCAGCGCCGUCUGUCGGACACUGCAACACUAUGGGCACGGCUUCGACCAUGAACGCCAUGGCUGAGGCGCUCGGCAUGGCUCUCCCCGGCUCGGCCGCCAUCCCGGCCGCAUACCGCGAGCGUGGAGCCUGCGCGUACCAGACCGGCCGCCGGAUUGUGGACAUGGUCCGCCAGGACCUGAAGCCAUCAGACAUCAUGACCAAGGACGCCUUCGAGAACGCGAUCGCGCUCAACACGGCCAUCGGCGGAAGUACCAACGCGCCAAUCCACCUGGGUGCCAUUGCGAAGCACAUUGGCGUCGACCUGUCCACUGCCGACUGGGAGCGCGUCGGAUACGAGCUCCCCGUCAUUGUGAAUGUGAAGCCGGCCGGCCAGUGGCUCUGCGAGGAGUACUAUCGCGCGGGCGGACUGCCCUCGGUCGUCGCCGAGCUGCUCGAGCACGGCAAGCUGCCGCACCCCGACGCGCUGACCUGCACGGGCAAGUCGAUCAGUGACAACUGCAAGGGCGAGUUCAGUCUGGACCGCCGCGUGAUCCUCCCCUUCGACAAGCCGAUGAAGUCAGCCGGCGGCUUCCUCAAUCUCUCCGGCAACCUCUUCGACAGCGCGAUCAUGAAGACGUCAGUCAUCAGCGACAGCUUCAAGAAGCAGUGGCUCGAGAACCCCGAGGACCCGAAUGCGUUCGAGGGCCCCGUCGCCGUCUUCGACGGCCCCGAGGACUACCACAAGCGUAUCGACCAGAACCCCGAUAUCGGCAAGGGCCACAUCCUUAUCAUGCGCGGCGCGGGCCCGCAGGGCUACCCUGGCGCGGCCGAGGUGGUGAACAUGCUUCCCCCCGCCGAACUGAUCAAGCAAGGCCUCGAGCUGCCCUGUAUCGGCGACGGGCGCCAGAGUGGAACGUGCGGCACGCCCGCGAUCCUGAACGCGUCCCCCGAAGCAGCGUCGGGGGGCAUGCUCGGCUACCUGAAGGACGGGGACAUCAUCCGCGUGGACCUGAACAAGCGCACGGCCAACGUGAAGCUGUCGCCCGAGGAGCUCGAGAAGAGGAAGCAGGAGAUGGGAAGCUACAGGGAGAAAAUGAUGCCCAAGAGCCAUACGCCCUGGCAGGAGAUCUUCCGCAAUGAGACGGGAGAGCUUAGCGAGGGCAUGGUCCUAAACCGCGCUGUCAAGUAUCAGAGGAUCGCGCAGACGAAUCCGGUCGGAAGGCAGAACCACUAG